CCGUCACCCCCCAUCCAAUUGUGGAACACGUGCACACACAACACAAAAUAACAUUAUCAUCCCACCGGCUAUUAUCGGCGGUCGGCAGCGCUCGUAGUACAGUGCUGCUGCUGUGUUGUGCGUAUUCGUGCCAUUACCAGUCAAGUGGCUGUGCUGGUAUUGGUUAACAACAACGAUUGGCCAUGGGUACGGUGUGUCGCGCGCGCACUGCUAACCGUUUGGCGCUGCGUUCGGGGUCCGCUUUGGUGUCGUCAUUCGGCGCUGUUCAGUAGCAGGCGAACCGCGAACCCGAGUGGCACAGAAACGAAGCGACCGCGCGAGCGUACGGCCCCAGGUGUCUACUUACCACACUGUCCACUGUACCGCGCGCAACGGCAACUGCUCUGCCCUGGUUGCCAGUAGAAAACUCCUUCGCAGUGUUUUGCCCUUGUUUCGUCGUCACCCCUGUCGCCCCUGUCCCCUGUCGGUGGCCACCAGCGGGUUGUAGAAAGUGCACGUUUUCACAAUUGGAUUAACGCAACCCCGCACGCCGUCGCUCAGUGUGUGACCGUCAUUUUGGGAGGGCGCUCUUCAUUUCACCACCAGCAUGCGGGAAAUUGUGCAUCUGCAGGCCGGCCAGUGCGGUAAUCAGAUCGGGUCCAAGUUCUGGGAGAUCAUCUCCGACGAGCACGGUAUCGAUCCGACCGGCCAUUACCAUGGCGACUCCGAUCUGCAGCUCGAGCGCAUCGACGUGUACUAUACCGAGGUGAAUGGCAACAAGUACGUGCCACGUGCGGUGCUGGUCGACCUGGAACCGGGCACGAUGGAUUCCGUCCGCCAGUCGCCGUACGGUGCACUCUUCCGGCCGGACAACUUCGUUUACGCUCAGUCGGGUGCCGGUAACAACUGGGCCAAGGGCCACUACACCGAGGGUGCCGAGCUGGUCGACAACGUGCUGGACGUGAUUCGCAAGGAGACGGAAUCGUGCGACUGCCUGCAGGGCUUCCAGCUUGCCCAUUCGCUCGGCGGCGGCACCGGUUCCGGUAUGGGCACGCUGCUGAUUUCGAAAAUUCGUGAAGAAUAUCCGGAUCGCAUCAUGAACACCUUCUCCGUCGUUCCAUCGCCCAAGGUAUCCGAUACCGUCGUAGAGCCGUACAAUGCGACGCUCUCGAUUCACCAGUUGGUCGAGAACACGGACGACACGUUCUGUAUCGACAACGAAGCGUUGUACGAUAUCUGUUUCCGCACGCUAAAGCUAUCCUCCCCCACGUACGGGGACCUCAAUCACUUGGUAUCCGUGACAAUGUCCGGUGUAACAACAUGUCUACGGUUCCCCGGUCAGCUAAAUGCCGAUCUGCGGAAGCUUGCAGUAAACAUGGUUCCUUUCCCGCGUCUGCACUUCUUCAUGCCCGGGUUUGCGCCACUCACGGCUAAGGGUUCCCAGCAGUACCGUGCCCUAACCGUACCGGAGCUCACUCAGCAGAUGUUCGAUGCGAAAAACAUGAUGACUGCCUGCGAUCCCCGCCACGGACGAUACCUCACAUGUGCGGCCAUCUUCCGAGGCUCGAUGUCGAUGAAGGAGGUCGAUCAGCAGAUGCUAAACAUCCAGAGCAAGUACAGCAGCUACUUCGUCGAGUGGAUUCCGAACAACGUGAAGGUGGCGGUUUGCGACAUUGCACCGCGCGGGCUGAAAAUGUCGGCCACCUUCAUCGGCAAUACGACCGCCAUCCAGGAGAUCUUCAAGCGCAUCUCGGAACAGUUCACCGCCAUGUUCAGACGGAAAGCGUUCUUGCAUUGGUACACUGGCGAGGGUAUGGAUGAGAUGGAGUUUACCGAGGCCGAAUCGAACAUGAACGAUCUCAUCUCGGAGUACCAGCAGUAUCAGGAUGCGGAGGUUGAGGAUUACGACGAGAUGGAGGAGAUCCCGGAAGAGGAGCAGCAACAGCAGCAAGAAUAGCUUAGGUCAACCCAGUCAGGUCAGGAUUGUUUUAGCCUAGCUUGUUGAUGUGUGUUCCUGUGGCGGUAGUGAGUCCACUGCCAGCCGGGCGUGAUCGAUUGGUAGCUGCAAUCGAUCGACGUUCCCAAUGAAUAUAAAAGUAAUACAAAGGAAGAACCAACUUUGAAACCACUUUGACUUAUAACAGAGUUAACAAAACCCUUCCCCAGUAAGAUUUAUUGAAUGUCAAAUUCCAAUAAACUAGAUAAGAUUAUAUCUUUUCAAAA